ACACGCUGUGUGAGCAACGCUGCGCUAUGGAAUGAAAGCUGAGGAAAACCCGUUAUGACCCACAGAAAAGCCACGACAGGAAAACUUUUUUACGUAUUUUUAAGGCUUCAGCACAAUGCUAUCAGAAUGUCUUUAUAUUUUAACUUCUUUGUGUUUUUAUACUUGUUCAAUAUAUCGCACAAAUCAUUUGGUGAGAUGUUCACAUCGAUGAUGAGUGUAAACGAAGCGGUUUUAACAGAAAGGCAACUCAUCGAUCCUUUGAGAAUAUACGUAGAGCACGAGACACAAAGACUAAAUGACAUUAAAAGGUUUUUAUCAAGAGUCAUGGCAUUGCACAAUGAACCAUCAGUUAUAUUAAAUCCUCUUGUUGCAUUCAAACUGCUUAAAAGACUUCAAUCAGAAUGGACCAAUGUCAUUCACAGCAAUGAAGCUGAAGAAAACCUUCAAGUCCUCAGGGAGAGAUUUAGUAUGAUGGAGGACAGCAUGCCGAAGCUGGAGGAUCUUCAGGGGGCAGCGAAGGGGCUGAUGAGACUUCAGGAUGUGUAUGAUCUUCGCGUGGACGGGCUCGUCCGAGGGCAUUUCCAGCAAAUCACAAAUGGACGUGCUGUUGACAUAUACAACCCCCCUGUGUCUGAUACCCUCUCUGGUGAUGACUGCUUUCUUGUUGGAAAGGUGGCAUAUGAUUUGGAGGAUUUCUACCAUUCUGUGCAGUGGUUUGAAGAGGCAGUUCGGCUCUUUCGAGAAACUGAGUGGAGUCCAGAAAACGAAGGCACGCUUGUAGAUGCCCUUGACCAUUUAGCCUUCUCCCAUUUUAAGACAGGAAACAUAUCAAAUGCCCUCAGUUUAUCUCAGGAACUACUGCUUCAUGAUCCAGUAAACAGAAGGAUACUUUUAAAUGUGGAGAAGUAUGAGAAGCUUCUUGUUGAAAGUCCACCAGUUCCUGGCCAAGGCUUGGCUUUAAAGAGACCGGAUACAACCUACCUCCAAACCAGGAAUGUCUAUGAGAAGAUCUGCCAAACAAAAGGUUCUCAGCCAAAGCAUUUUGAGAACCCUGCUUUAUUUUGUGACUAUUUCACCAAUGGCAACCCUGGUCUGUUUCUACAACCAAUGAAGCGAGAGCUGAUCAGUCAACAGCCCUACGUUGUGCUCUUUCAUGGUUUCGUCACCAAUGUGGAGGCUAAAAGCAUCAGAGACUAUGCAGUGCCAGGGCUCAGAAGAUCUGUGGUAGCGUCUGGAGUAAAUCAGUCCACUGCAGACUAUCGCAUCAGCAAGAGCGCAUGGGUUAAAGAUUCGGCUCAUUCAGUCGUGGGCAAAUUGGAUCAUCGCAUCACUAUGGUCACCGGAUUGGAUGUUCAGCCUCCAUAUGCCGAAUAUCUGCAAGUGGUUAAUUAUGGGAUUGGUGGACAUUAUGAACCUCACUUUGAUCACGCCACAUCUGACUCCAGUCCAUUGUACAGUCUUAAAACAGGAAAUCGAGUGGCGACGUUCAUGAUAUAUCUAAGCUCUGUGGAAGCAGGAGGGUGCACGGCUUUUAUUUACGGCAACUUCAGCGUUCCUGUUGUGGAGAAUGGUGCGCUGUUCUGGUGGAAUCUUCAUAGAAAUGGUCAAGGAGAUGGUGACACUCUUCAUGCUGGUUGCCCAGUUAUUGCUGGUGAUAAAUGGGUUGCCAACAAGUGGGUCCAUGAGUACGGGCAGGAGUUCAGACGACGCUGCAGCAUCAAUCCUGAUGAGUGAAGAUAGCAGCUGAAGGGUUGAGGAUCACAUGGACUUUAAGAGGAAAUGCUUGUUAAGGAGCAACCGAG